GGGACAACAAGGACUCAUGAAGGCUGAAAAAGCGUCUCCAUCUCCCCCUCCGGCCAUGCUGUGGACUUUCUUCAGGAGACGUUGCAGCAGCUUCUAUGUCUCAGGGACAGGACCCAGAUACUCCAGUGGAGGUGACCUCGGUAGCACUCAUAAUGAGCGUGAGAAGCAUGGAGAGUCCUUAUGAAAUGUUGCAAAGAACUGCUGUUAAGGAGCCGACACAGUCCCCCACUGGGCACUGUCAGAAGCAGUAUGGACAGACUGGGAGUGCAGGAAGCCUGGCUACCCAGUCCCAUCCUGAACUGCAAAGCCAUCUCUUCUCUCCCUGCUGUCUGUUGUCUCCAGAGUCCCAUGUCCUGAUCAGAGGAGCUCUGCAGACUGGAGCAGUGCAGGGAUCUCAGCCUGGCAUUUCCACAUCAGCCCAGCUGUUGGCAGCUCAGGAAAUCUGCCCUGCUUUCAAUCUCCAAAUUGGAUAUUCAUGCAGUGUUGACUCCAGUGUCUCUUAGCUGCAUCCCCAGGUCACAUGAGGAGACAAGCUUUUUCUGCCCCGGGUGAUUUGCUCAGCUGUUAAUGAUUUCAUGGAGUUUCUCUGGUGAAGCAGAUCAUGGAGGAGGCAGUGACGAGGAAGUUUGUGCACGAGGACAGCAGCCACAUCAUCUCCUUCUGCGCGGCCGUGGAGGCCUGCGUGCUGUACGGGCUGAAGAGGCGAGCGGCGGGCGUCCUGCGCAGCAACAAGAUAGCCGCCCUCUUCAUGAAGGUGGGCAAGAGCUUCCCGCUGGCCGAAGAGCUUUGCCGGAAGGUACAAGACCUGGAGCAGCUCAUCGAGACCGCGCGAAACCAAGUGCAAGGCCUCCAGGAGAAUGCACGCAAGGUGCCGAAGCUGCCGAACCUGUCCCCGCAGGCCAUCAAGCACCUCUGGAUUCGCACGGCCCUCUUCGAGAAGGUCCUGGACAAGAUUGUGCAUUACCUGGUUGAGAACAGCAGUAAAUAUUAUGAGAAAGAAGCCCUCCUGAUGGACCCCGUAGAUGGACCGAUUCUUGCUUCUCUGCUGGUGGGGCCGUGCGCGCUAGAAUACACCAAGAUGAAGACAGCUGAUCACUUCUGGACUGACCCCUCUGCCGAUGAGCUGGUGCAGAGGCACCGGAUUCACAGCUCGCACUGCCGCCAGGACUCCCCCACCAAGCGCCCUGCCCUCUGUAUUCAGAAGAGGCAUUCGAGCGGCAGCAUGGACGACCGGCUUUCAUUGUCAGCCAGGGACUACGUGGAGUCGCUGCACCAGAACUCCAGGGCCACCCUCCUGUAUGGCAAGAACAAUGUCAGGGUGCAGCCGCGAGAUGACAUGGAGGCAAUCCCAGGGUACCUGUCCCUGCACCAAACAGCAGACAUCAUGACACUGAAGUGGACUCCCAACCAGCUCAUGAAUGGCUCUGUGGGAGACCUGGACUACGAGAAAAGCCUAAUUUCUAAAACUUCCCAGUGUCCAGGCCUGACGGAGGGAGAUAGAGGUCAGACUGCAAACGUGUACUGGGACUAUGCCAUGACUAUUCGCCUGGAAGAGAUCGUCUACCUGCACUGCCACCAGCAGGUAGACAGCGGCGGGACAGUGGUUUUGGUGAGCCAGGAUGGGAUUCAGAGGCCUCCGCUCCGGUUCCCCAGAGGAGGACACCUGUUGCAGUUUCUCUCCUGCCUUGAAAAUGGCCUCCUUCCUCACGGGCAGCUUGAUCCCCCUCUCUGGUCACAGAGGGGAAAGGGGAAAGUAUUUCCCAAGCUGAGGAAGCGAAGUCCCCAGGGCUCUUCUGAGUCGGCCUCUGACAAGGAAGAUGACGAAGCCACAGACUAUGUCUUCAGGAUCGUAUACCCUGGCACGCAGUCUGAGUUCAUUGCUGUUAACCAUCGUUCUCACCCUUCCCUUGCUUCACCUGCCACCUCCAUUGCCUUUGGGAAUCAGAGGACCCUGAGGACGCCUGCCACCAGGAAGGUUGUGGUGAUUCCCAAAUGGUCUCUGAGCCUCUGCACUGGACCCCAUCCUCUCCUGGCCCUGCCAGGGGCCAAGCAGUGCCAGUUCCCCCAGGACCUGAUUGACACGCAGGGCAGUGGCCUGCCAUCCAUGUGGCAGCCCAGCACCCGCAAGUCCUCCUGCUCUUCCUGCUCCCAGAGUGGCUCCUCGGAUGGUGGCCCUGCCAAUGGAUGCAACCAUGAGAGGGCCCCGCUGAAGCUCCUGUGUGACAAUAUGAAGUACCAGAUCCUCUCCCGGGCCUUCUAUGGUUGGCUGGCGUACUGCCGACACCUUUCCACAGUGCGCACCCACCUGUCCGCACUGGUGAACCACAACAUUGUGUCUCCUGAUGUCCCCUGCAGCGCCAGCUCGGGGCUGACGGCUGAGAUCUGGCAGAAGUACCUGCAGGACAGCACGAGCUACGAGGAGCAGGAACUGCUGCGGCUGGUUUACUACGGUGGGAUCCAGCAUGAGAUCCGGAGAGCUGUGUGGCCUUUCCUUCUGGGCCACUACCAGUUUGGGAUGACGGAGGCAGAGCAGAAGGAGGUGGAUGAGCAGGUCCGGGCCUGCUACGAGCAAACCAUGGCAGAGUGGCUGGGCUGCGAGGCCAUCGUGCGGCAGAGGGAGAAGGAGUCCCACGCUGCGGCUCUGGCCAAGUGCUCGUCUGGGGCCAGCCUGGAUUCCCACAUUCAGAAGAUGAUGCACAGAGAUUCAACCAUCAGCAACGAGUCUUCCCAGAGCUGCAGCUCUGACAGGCAAAACCAUGCCCGGCUGCAGAGCGAUUCCAGCUCCAGCACGCAGGUGUUUGAAUCGGUGGAUGAGGUGGAGCAGACAGAAGUGGAUGUCCCGCUAGAUGAUGGCAAGCAGGCCAAGAUCCCCAAUGGGAUGGUGCCCAACGGGAUGUGCUCACCCGACUCAGGGCACCCUUCCUCCCAGAACUUCUCCAUCACAUCAGGCUAUUCGGAGCGUAGCUUCAGCACGGAGGACAGCGGGACGGAGACCAGCAGAGCCACAACUUGCCACCUGGUGAAGCCGAGUGAAGCCGGUGUCCCAAAACAGGAGCGCUCGGACAGUGCCCCAGCGGAGGAGCAGCUGCCCGGUGAGGAUCUGCAGGGCCAGGACAGUCUGGAAGGGGAGUUCCCCAUUGACGGCAGCUUGGACUUUCUCCCCAUUGACGGGAGCCACGAGGCCAUGGCCCUUUCUGUGGUGGAAAGCUGGGCUGACAGUGAAGCUGAAAAGCAGAGCUUAGUGGGAAGCGAGGACAACCUCUCCGAGGAGCCAGAGAUGGAGAGCCUGUACCCGCAACUGGACUCGCUGGUGGUGGCGGAGCUGGCUCAUAGUGAGGUGUCUCCUGUUUCCUCCUCCGGGGUCACCUAUUCUCCGGAGCUGCUGGACAUGUACACAGUGAACCUGCACCGCAUCGAGAAGGACGUGCAGCGCUGUGACCGCAACUACUGGUACUUCACACCUGCCAACCUCGAGAAGCUGCGCAACAUCAUGUGCAGCUACAUCUGGCAGCACAUUGAGAUCGGAUACGUGCAGGGGAUGUGUGACCUGCUGGCACCGCUCCUAGUUGUUCUGGAUGAUGAGGCGCUCGCUUUCAGCUGCUUCACAGAGCUGAUGAAAAGGAUGAACCAGAACUUCCCUCACGGGGGGGCUAUGGACACCCACUUUGCGAACAUGCGGUCUUUGAUCCAGAUCCUGGACUCGGAGCUCUUCGAGCUGAUGCACCAGAACGGUGAUUACACCCACUUCUACUUCUGCUAUCGAUGGUUCCUCCUGGACUUCAAGCGAGAGCUGGUGUACGAUGAUGUCUUCUCUGUCUGGGAGACCAUCUGGGCAGCGGCGCGUGUCUCCUCUUCGCACUAUGUCCUCUUCAUUGCCCUGGCCCUGGUGGAGAUGUACCGGGACAUCAUCCUGGAGAACAACAUGGACUUCACCGACAUCAUCAAGUUCUUCAACGAAAUGGCUGAGCGGCACAACACCAAGAUGAUCCUGAAGCUCGCCCGGGACCUCGUGUACAAGGUCCAGACGCUGAUUGAGAACAAAUGAAGGCCGGGAGCGGAAGGCGGCACAUUCAGCAAGGGGUCGGGGGCUCCCGUCCAAUGCUUCCUUUGCCCUCUCCUUUUUCUUAAAGUGCCACAUCUGUGAAAACAAAUUGCCGUAGUCUGAUACAUGCUGCUCGUGAGAGUGGAAGCACCCUUCUCCCAGCACGUGGUGCUGGUGAGCUUCAACACUAGGCCCAGGGGCUCCUCACUCUAGUUCUUCAGCUCCGCAUUCGUCUUCAGUGAUUAACCAAAGAUCUGAACAUCUGCAUCUUAUUUUCAUUUAAAUCCGCAUGUCCCUGGAAGAGAAUCAGGGCAGGCCCUGCCUGGUCUUCUGUUAGGAGCGGGAGGGCGCUUCUGGCUCUCGCCGUCCUGUGGGAGCACAUGCUCGGAGAGGCAGGGAGACGGGCAGGCUGUGUCGGCGCCGUUCCUACAGUCUGCCUUGAACUCCGCAGUGUUUACCGUGGGGGAGGCAAACACUUCCCCCAGAGGCAGCUCUGCCUCAUGGCAAAGAAACCAGGCUGCACCCAUGCGAGCCUGGGAGAAACAAAGAUGCUCUUGGUUUAGUUUUAUACAAGGAGCCAGGAGGCUCUGCCUGUGGCAGUCUCCAGUCAGGGGAGUUCUUCCUUUCAUCCCUUUCCUUUUGUUCCCCUCCCCUUCCCAUCUUUGCGCAUCCUGCUGGGAUGUGAGCAUCCCCAGCUUGGGCUCUGGCUGCAUCCUUGCGUGAGCUGUGCAGGCCCAGCACUGAGCGCGCUCUCAGAGUCUGGUCCCAGUUGUAGCCUCCAAGCACUUGAGAAGCCGGCCACUGGGCACUGUCCAUCAGUCUAGACUUGGUGACCGUGGGCCUCCCACUGGAUUUCAGCGGGCUUUGUAUUGGACGCAGGUAGGAGGGAUUGGGGCAAGGCCCCGGCAGGUUCUGGGACCCUGUGUGCAGGUCCUCGGCCACUUCCCCACAGUGGCACUCUAGCAUGGGGACCCCAUGGUCCCUGUGGCACAAAGUGCCUCUGCCAGCACAAGGAGGGUGGAGAGCUGAGGGCAGUGGAGGGUAACCAGCAAGGCUAGCUUGAAUGCAAGGUUGGGUUUAUUUUUCAACUCAGGUAAAAACAAAAAGGAAAAGGAGAGAAGUGGUUGAUUAGCAGCAUGGGAACCAGCCCAGGGGGGUGGUGGUCGCGACUGAGUCCGUACGUGGCGGACCACGAACCUGUGCUCCCGGCCACUCGGGGAACACCUGGCGGUGGCUCUAGGAAGGGCGCUUUCUCUCCAGUCGUGCUGCAAAAUCUUUGUUCUCCAGCUGUGAAACGCGUGGUCAGUGUGUUCUUGCCUCGGCCUGCCGUGCUGAGGGUGGGCGUUCACCAGGAGGGGAAGGGGUGCAUGGCCAGCCAGCGCGUUGCUGCUGUGCCCCUUCCCUGUGCAAUGCUCCUCUGUGCUGACCGUGUCCAUAUGUCCUUGUGGUGUGUCUCUGGUGUUGCUUGCAGGAGAAAAACCAACACCCCGGCAGCCUGGGCAGAGCGGAGGCGGUCAGUCUGCAGUGUGCGAGCACACCUGCCAGUCUGACACGCUGGGUGCAGAGGCUGUAACUACCCAACAGGAGAGGUCUGGGCCUGCUGAAGCGUUUUUCCGGAGCAGAAUACAGCGGGUGAUAGGCACAGAGGAAGUCUUCUGGCUUCCUUCUGCUGCGAGCCCUGUGUACUUUAUUUGCUCCAGUUAGGAAACCCGUCGGAAGCAAUUUCCUGUUAGAUCUCCAAAAAGCACUUAAUUUGCCAGGGGAAAACAAGUCUGGCCUGCAGUAGCAUAUGAAACUGGUGACUAGGAAUCAAAAGAAUUUGAGCUUUAAACCUUCAGGUUCACCUGGGAAUCUCUCGAGCUUCGGUCAAGCAGCGAGCAGACCCCAGGCCUAUGCUGACGACCUACUCCUGGGCAUAGGCCACAUAGCUCUUCGGAGGGUAGAUCGGGGGAACAAGCACAUUGAAUGGCCUUGUUCAAAAGGGAAGGGCUGUGAACAACGCCCUGUUUUAUAGCCAAGCGAAGGAACAGUGACCUUUAGCUUGGCAUCAAUACUGCAUCUGACCAAGCAACAACUCUGACACUUUAGCUUUCAUGCUUUUAUUUUAUUUUGGACAGAUAGCUGAGAAAUCCCGCACAAUAUCUGCUAUCUGUAUUCUCUGCGAGUGUCUUUGGGCCCUUCAAUAGCAGUGUUUUUGAAUAACUUCUGAGAAAAGGUAUUUAUUUAUUGACUGUACAUUACUGUGUGUCCUUGUAUACUGAAUUCAGUGAGUGUGAAUUGUUAUGCAAAUGGAGAUAUAUCUUUUCAAUGUUGCAAACAUAUCUUGUAAAUGUUUACCAGAAGAUAGUGUCUAUAUAUAUAUAUAUAUAAAUAUAUAUACGCAAACACACACGAUAUAUAGAGAGAAAAAUAUGUGAAUCAAGUGGGGUAUUUUUUUGAGGGGAAAAAAAGAAACCUUAUGCUUCUAAGGACUGUGUGGUUCUCUAUAGCACCUACUCAAUGAUGUGCCAAUCCGUCUCUUUUCUUUGUACUGUGAAAAUUGUUCAUUUGCAGCCAUGAGAAGCUCAGUGCAGGUAAAGACUAUUCGCAACCUCGGCUUUGCUGGUUUCAACUCUGAUUUUUUUUUAAACCCAUGGAAGGGAAAGGAAAAAGCAAUGGGCUGCAGCCAUGAUCUGCCACGGCUACGAUUCCACGUUCACUCCUGAUAGUUAGAGUCCUAGUCAGCCUGGUGGAGCAAUCAGUGUAGCAUCAGGACUUUCUUGUAGCAGAUUUGAUCCUCCGAGGAAUUUAAGUGGAGAUAUAACUGGAAAAAGCUGUCUCCAGAUUGCUCUGCCGGAAAGCUCAGCUGAUCAGAGGUGGAUCCAGGGAGGAAAUGAGUGUGAAAUGCAUCUGCGAGGAAAGCCCAGGGGAUGAAUGUGAGUCUCUGAUUACCACGACUCCACUGAGUGCUGCGCGCCAACUGCAGCACGGGGGUGAGCUGGUGCCUCCUGGUACAGGUGAGGUAGAACGAAUCCUGUUGUUGCACACUCAGCGGCAUCUGCACAUGUGUAUCUGGAAGCACGAUGUGUUCCCCGGGACGUCUUGCACUGGUGGCUGAGCUCAUCGUCUGCAUUUCUUGCUGGGGCGCCUUGUUGGGCCUCUGAGCUCCAUGGGCUGCAGCCGGCAGGUCGUGCAUAUUUGAUUGUUGUGACAGGCGGCAGUUGUGGCAUUUUUUGGUCCCAGCUCAGCUCCCCAGGCAUGGUCCCAGGCACAGUGGUUCUCCUUGGGUAACUUUGAGUGGAGGAUUGAGUGCAGUAGCCACCGUGCUUCUGUGCAGAGCUGGCCAGUUAGUUUAGUGAGUGAAAGCAGCUGCAGAGGCUCGUGAUGCCAACACGUAUGGGGUAGGAAGGGCUGCUAAGCAGUGCUGCCAACUCUUAUGAUUUUUGCCGUUC